AUGGCGGACUUUGAAAAUGUUGAAAAUGCUUCAAAAGUAGCUGACGUUAGUGAUCAGUCGAUGGACAUCACUAACGAAAGUGCUAUCGAAAAUAAUUCGGAUGAAAAUUUUCAAGUUUCGAAAUUAUCUGUGGAUCAAAUCUCAGCUGAACAAGAACUGCUUGAUGCCGGUGGCACCACCACAGAUGAUGCCCCAACAACAGACCAGACUGGGGACGAACAUGUAGUGGACCAAUCACAAUCAGCAAUAGAGCCAAUUACAGAUGAGAGCGACAGUCAGCUAAGCCAGCAAUCUGAAAAUCAACCAGGAGAACAGGGAGAACAGGAAAGUUUAAAAGUAAACUCAAGCGAAGCAGCAAAAAAGAAUAAAGGAGAGAAUGAGGAGGAGGAGGAAGAAGGGGAAACAGUGAGGAAGAAGAGAAAAUUUGAGGAACCAGAAUAUAUAAAAGUUAGGGUCAAAUCUCAAUACAUGGAGAAGAUGGUAACAGUGGAAGCAACCGCUAACAUAGAACAACUGAGGUCGCUGGUAGCUGUGAAGUUCAACAUAUUGGUUGAUCAAGUCUGUCUAACACUAGAUGGAAAGAUGCUGAAAAAUGAUAACGAUGACUUGAAGAGCUUAAAUAUCAUUGAGGGCACAUCAUUGCAUCUGGCCGUCAAGUACAAUUUAGGAGACCAGUCGGACCUCAGUUCAGUAACAUCUCCUUGGUUCCUCCCAUCACAAUACACUAAAUUAGGACUAAAUAACGUCAAUUUCGUUCAGCUACAGCAACAAAUGCAACAACAGAUGAUGGCCAACCCUGAGAUGGUGAGGGAGAUGAUGGGGAACCCUCUGGUCCAGCAGCUAAUGCAGAACCCCGAAGUCAUGAAGAAAAUGAUGAUGCAAGUCCCACAGACUAGAGAGAUGUUGAAUAGGCACCCGGAUAUUUUUGAUGCGCUGAACAACCCUGAUGCCAUGAAGCAGUCGUUGGAAAUAGCCAGGGACCCAGUGGCUCUGCAAGAAAUGCUGGCUAAAAUGGAAGUGCCAGAGAAUUCCCCAUUCGUCAAUGCAGUACCAAUCUUCAAUCCGCAGUCCAUCCCUACACCGCAGACGAUGCUGCGGAUGACCGCCCAGCACCCGACGCUACUUCAACAAAUGUUCGACUCUCCCUAUUACAAAACGAUGGUCGACGGAAUGGUUGCUAAUCCUCAGUGGACGCAACAGAUGAUUGUAAACAAUCCACUGUUUGCUAACAACCCACACCUACAACAGCAACUAUCUACACUGAUGCCUUAUUACCUCCAACAAAUACAGAAUCCUCAGCUAACUUCCUUGAUGUCGAACCCCGACUCAUUGAAGGCAUUGUUGAAAAUCCAACAUGGCAUCUCUGUACUUCAAUCAGAGCUGCCUAAUUUGUCACAAAGCAUGGGUUUUCCCAACAUAGCAAUUCCUGGACUUGUAAAUAGCAGCGACAAUGUUAGCAGCAGCGGGGCUAAAGAUUUUGUGGGUGGGGCCAGGGGAGGAGCCGACCAAUUAGAUGCCACCUCGCUGAUUAUGUCGCAACUCGUCAAUCAGAUGGGCACCGGAAAGAUUAAUUUACCGGACGAGGAAAAGUACAAGGACGAGAUGGAGCUUAUGAAAUGCAUGGGAUUCAAUGAUACUGACCUCAAUCUCAGUUUAUUGAAAAGAACGCUGGGCAACGUGGAUUCUGCUGUUACAUACCUGCUCCACGAACAUCAACAACCUAAACAGGAACCGGAAGAAGAAAAAGCUAUGGCGUGAUGAUGAUGAUGACGAUGUUGAUGAUGAUGAUAGGAGGGCAGUAGUGAUGAUGAUGAUGACGUCUUAAAGGACUUUUUCAUUUUCAUAGGGAAUCGAUUAUAUGAUGGACAGAUGUGUUUUUGAUAUGACAAAAAGACUGUAUCACACUAAUCUCACUAUCCACUGUAUCUUUGUGUGAGUGAAUGAAUGAAUGAAUGAAUGAAUGAAUGAAUGAGUGAGUGAGUGAGUGAGUGAGUGAGUGAGUGAGUAUAUAUAUAUAUAUAUAUAUAUGCUGACUUUUAUUAUUCUAUUAAAAUUUACGAAUUUAUUCGUUAAUUGUAGUUUAUUUUUUAGAAUUUUGAAGAGAAAAACGAA